UUUCCAGGCGCAUGCACAAACGUACCAGGAAGCUUCGAGUGCGCAUGCCCAGCUGAGUGGGACGGCUUUCGCUGUGGCGAGAACCGAGACGACUGCACUGACAACCCGUGCCAAAAUGGCGGCUCCUGCAAGGACUUGUUGGGCGGAUACUCGUGUGACUGCACCGGGACAGGCUUUGAGGGAGCCAACUGCAGCGACCCCGUAGACGACUGCGUGAACCACCGGUGUGAGCACGGGGGCACGUGCGUGGACAUGGUCAGGCGCUACCGCUGUGUCUGUGACGACACGGGCUACACGGGCUUCUUCUGUGAGGUUCCCAUCACGUCCUGCAGCCCCAACCCGUGUCUCAACAACGGGACGUGCUCACUCAAGGACGGAGGCAUCGUCUGCAACUGCUCAGACCCCGGUUACCAAGGCAACCUGUGCCAGUCAGACGUGGACGAAUGCGCGGACGACGCCCACAAAUGUCAGGGAGAGUCUGUGUGCGUGAACGUCGUGGGGAGCUACAGCUGUGUGUGUGGCGGAUCCAGAACGGGAGAAUUUUGCGAAACCGCCGUUGCCCAACCCCAGACAAGCUCCUCAUCAGCGCUGAGCGACGGGGCAAUCGUGGCGCUGGUCAUCCUCGCCUUGUUGCUCCUUCUGCUCGUGGUGGUGGUGGUGGUAUGGCACAUGAGGCAAAGGCGGAAGACGCAAGGCAAGUACCGACCUUCAGAGAUGGAAGGAGCUGCACCCGCGCCCGGCAUUCCCAUGGACAAGCUAGCAGACCGAGGAGAAAGACUGAUAUAAUAGAUAGAGGCCAGAGCUUGUCAACCUUUGUAUUUUUUAUAGCCAAUACCCACUUCCUACCUUCAAGUAUUCACGCGUGAGUGCACCUAAGCCUUGUAACAUCUAGAUCUACGGCCAUU